AUGGCUAGCGACUGCCCGAACGAGGGCAUCUGCCACACGUGUGGCAAGGCUGGACAUCGUGCUAGAGACUGCACAGCUCCUCAACUGCCACCUGGUGACCUGAGACUGUGCAACAACUGCUACAAGCAGGGCCACAUUGCUGCAGAUUGUACGAACGACAAGGCGUGCAACAACUGCAGGAAGACCGGCCACCUGGCACGCGACUGUCCCAACGAGCCUGUCUGCAACACGUGCAACGUCUCGGGACACGUGGCUAGGCAGUGCCCCAAAGCCACCGCCGGUGCAGGCAUCCACCGCGGCGGCGGUGGUGUGAGAGGGGGCAGUUUCCACGACGUGAUGUGCAGGAACUGCCACCAGUACGGACACAUGAGCAGGGACUGCAUGGGCCCGCUGAUGAUCUGUCACAACUGUGGCGGGCGAGGCCAUCGUGCCAUCGAGUGUCCUUCCGGAAGGAUGGUCGACCGCUAUCCUCCAAGGAGUAGGUAUUACUAG